AUGGCGUCCUCUUCCACGCCAUCUCUCUGGCCAGUAGCCUACAACAGUGGACUGGAAGGAAUGAACAUGGAGCCCACUAACAGCCCCGGGAACUACACCCAGAGCAAGACGCUGGCCAGGCUCACCUUCCCCAUCACAGUUGUCAUCAGUCUCUUUGGGCUCUUCUGGAACGGGACCGUCCUCUGGCUCCUGGGUUUCCGCAUCAAGAGGAAUGCUUUCUCUGUUUACGUCCUCAACUUGGCGGGAGCAGAUUUCACCUUCCUGUGCUGCCAGCUCUUCUUCGUCUUGACGGACAUUCUGACAGGUUCCUAUGAUACUUCCUUGACAACCCUUCACUUCAAGGUCAAGUGGCACUUUUAUUCCACCUUCCCCAUGGCUAAACUUGUGGCCCCGAUAGCGUUUUCCUCCUACACCAUGGACAUGAGUCUCCUGGCCGCCAUCAGCACGGAACGCUGCCUGUCCGUUCUCUGCCCGGUCUGGUACCGCUUCCACCGGCCCAAACACCUGUCCACCAUCGUGUGUGUCCUGCUUUGGACCAAGUCCCUGUUGGUGUGCACACUGACAGGAGACAGCUGUGGUUUCCUGUCCAGAGGCUACAACUGGUACCAAACCCUACUCCAGCCCAUGAACCUGCCCUACUAUCUCAUUGACAUUCUGUCCUGUAUGAACAGCAGCGUCAACCCCGUCAUCUACUUUUUUGUUGGGAGUUUCAGGCAGUGGAGGAAGUGGGAGUCCCUGAGGGUGGUCCUGCAGAGGGCUCUCAGAGAUGAGGGAACUUGCUGGCUGUCCAUCCCACUAGGGGCCCCAGAGGACAUGAGAGGAUUUAGGGCCGAGGAGCUCUGGCUGUUCCCUGAGCUGCAGGAUAUUGAGCGGGGCUGCAGGAGAGAGCACCUCAGACAGGAAAGGGUGUCAGCAGAACCCUGGCAGGAGCAGAAAGGACUUAGGGACACCUUCGUGAGUAUUCCCGUAUGCCCUACUUGCACCCAGCAGGUGCCUGUCCCAGGCGGGGAUACACGGGGGCAGGACUGA